AUGCGAAUUACUGGCAAGUUCGAAUCUCCACUCAAUGCGAAAGCAACAAGGUUUAUACACUCGAUGCGAAAGCAUUACAAGUUUGUAGAUUUUCCAAACUUGGAAACAGCAAUUCACAAAAAAAGAGUGAUAUUUCAAUGUUUGCGUAUCAUUCAAUUUAAAUGUGCGGAUUCCAUUCAAAACAUAACGCUCUUGAGAGAAACCAUUAAAGAAAUUGAUUUUACUUAG